UUAUUUUUAUUUUUUUAUAGUUCUCUUCAAUCUCCACUGAUUCAAAAGCAAUCUCCUCUUUUUACCUUCUCUUCUCUUCUCUUCUCAAUUCUCUCCAAACCAUUUUUCUUUGUUAUCCACUGACUGAAAAUCCAAAUUAGAACUACCCACAAACUCAGAUACUUUUUUAUUGCUCCCAGGAGAAAGUUCAAGAAGACCCAAGUUAAAAUAUUUACAGUUCUUGAUUUGCUUUCAUGGAUCUAUGGAUCUAACCCUUUUAUAUUGCCUACAUGUAUUAUUUUGUUUCUUCUAGAUCUCCAUCCUUUUCUUCUGUUCUAAUUUUGUAGCUGACCAGGAACUGCACAGAUAAAGCUUAAUUUAUAUUGGGGGAGAUUGUUGGGGUUUAUUAGCAGUAGUGAUAUUAUUGCAUCCAAUUUUGGAUGUGGAGGUAUUGAAGGCUGGCCCUGGUGAGAUGAGGGAUGUUAUCAAGGUUGAUAAACUUUUUGAGGGCCUGCUGGCUGCCGUCCUCAGAGCGGUAUGUCCACAUGGGCUCGGAUGCAGCAGGCCGGCAAGAUGGGCUACUUUGGUACAAAGACACUGGACAGCACGUGAAUGGUGAAUUCUCUAUGGCUGUUGUGCAAGCAAAUAAUCUACUUGAGGAUCAAAGUCAGCUUGAGUCUGGCUCCUUGAGCACUCUUGACUCUGGCCCAUAUGGCACCUUUGUUGGAAUAUAUGAUGGUCAUGGAGGUCCAGAGACAUCACGUUACAUUAAUGAUCAUCUGUUUCAGCAUCUAAAGAGGUUCACAUCAGAACAUCAAUCCAUGUCUGUCGAUGUGAUUAAGAAAGCAUUUCAAGCGACUGAAGAGGGAUUUCUUUCUCUUGUCACUAAACAGUGGCCUAUGAAACCACAGAUUGCUGCAGUUGGAUCUUGCUGUCUGGUUGGUAUCAUCUGUGGGGGUAUCCUUUACAUUGCUAACCUUGGUGAUUCGCGUGCUGUCCUCGGUAGGCUUGUCAAAGCAACUGGGGAGGUUCUUGCCAUCCAGUUGUCAGCAGAGCAUAAUGUGAGCAUAGAAUCUGUCAGACAGGAGAUGCAUUCUAUGCAUCCAGAUGAUUCUCAAAUUGUGGUUUUGAAACAUAAUGUAUGGCGUGUGAAGGGCCUGAUACAGGUUUCUAGAUCCAUUGGUGAUGUAUAUUUAAAGAAAGCUGAAUUUAACAGAGAGCCCUUGUAUGCAAAGUUUCGACUUCGUGAACCUUUUAAGAAGCCAAUUUUGAGCUCUGAACCAUCUAUUUCUGUGCAUGAAUUACAACCUCAUGAUCAAUUUCUCAUAUAUGCGUCUGACGGGCUAUGGGAACACCUUACCAAUCAAGAAGCUGUUGAUAUAGUUCAAAAUCACCCACGCAAUGGAAUUGCUAGGAGGCUUGUGAAAGCUGCCUUGCAGGAAGCUGCUAAAAAGAGAGAGAUGAGAUAUUCAGAUUUGAAGAAAAUAGAACGUGGCGUCCGCAGGCAUUUCCACGAUGAUAUCACCGUUAUAGUUGUUUUUCUUGACUCAAAUCUUGUGAGCAGAGCCAGCACAGCGAAAGGGCCUUCCACAUCUGUGCGAGGUGGUGGAGUUCACCUACCCGCAAAAACCCUAGCUCCCUGUGGUGCGCCAAUGGAAACUUCAUAGGCACCUAAUGUAACCAUCAGUUGAUAAUGUUCUCCCAUGUAAAGAUCCUUCUCAUAAGUUCCAUGACACCAGCUGCUGCUAUAUAGCGAAAGAGCAAGAGAAGGGAAGGUGCUCUCCUUUUGAUUAAUUUUUUUAAUGUACAAUGUAAAAUUUUAACCUCAGACAUGUAUUUUCUUUAGUUUCUGAGCACAUGAGCUGAAAAAGGAAAGCAAAGAAUCAAGGGAAAUAGAGCUGCACUGCAAAGAAGAAGUAUAUACUAAAGGUUCUUUCUUAGGAUCGUAUUCUUGAUGCUUUCAUUUAACUUUCUUUCCCAUCUUCACUUUGGGGCUUUUUCUUUUUGUAAAUUAUGUGAAACAGAUGCCCAUUAGAAUCAAAGUUUAAUGUGUACCCUGUGUCUGCAUGUUAUGCUUCCAUAUAAUCAAGUAGGGGACAUUUUCUUUUC